AUGACACCGAAGCGAAAAAGAACUGGCGCCCAUCCACCACCCCCGAUACCCGAAAUGCCUGAUGCGAAUCCCAGGCGGAGCAGUCGAAGAAUAAAGGAAGCUACCGAUGAACGAAAGCCAAAGAUUGAUGUCACAAAGAUGGCCUCUGAUCCGCUGAAAUUGAACAACCCUAAGAAAUCAAUGGCCGUAUGGGACACAGGAGAAGGUGUUGAGGAAGCCAUACGAGAAUUAAGUGAGAUGGAGCACAAGUUACAGGAUGCUGUUCGAACACAACGACUAGCAGUUGAAUCGUCGGAUCUUCAUGUGAAGAAAGAACUCGCCCAGGAGCCCAGCGUCCGACCAAAAGUGUACGAGCCGACAAACGAUACAGUCGCUGCUCGUGGGAACCUCAACGGAAAGUCAAAGGUUGUUGACACAGGGCCGCUGGAUGAGCAAGACGCCAAAGUGGCUGCCGGCGAUGUGGACGAAGCCAAAGAAGAAGCCAAAGAAGAAGACAGUGUUGGUAGAGGUGCCGAUCGACCCCCUCCAGUGAACAGCGAAACGCUUCCCUUGCCAUGGAAAGGGCGGCUAGGAUAUGCUUGUUUAAAUACAUAUCUACGCAACGCGACACCUCCUGUAUUUUCUUCCAGAACCUGUCGCAUAGCCUCGAUUCUUGAGCACCGGCAUCCUUUAGCGAAUCCAGACGAACCUGAACAUGCGACCAAGAACCGCCCAGAUAAAUCUCAGCCUGCAGACAAUGAGCGAGGUCUCAAGUACGUGCAGGAGUUAGGGUUAGCGAAUGCCCGAGACAUUGUCAAGAUGAUUCGAUGGAACGUCAAAUACGGCAUCAAAUUCAUGCGACUCAGCAGCGAGAUGUUUCCAUUUGCCAGUCACAAGGAAUACGGUUAUAAAUUGGCCCCGUUUGCAUCUGAGGUGUUGGCAGAAGCUGGGAAGGUGGCAGGAGAGCUGAACCACCGCCUGACGACCCAUCCAGGACAGUUUACACAGAUUGGCAGUCCGCGUAAAGAGGUUGUCACUGCCGCUAUUCGCGAUUUGGAAUAUCACGACGAAAUGCUCUCCCUUCUCAAACUACCCGAGCAACUCAACCGCGAUGCAGUCAUGAUCCUUCACAUGGGAGGCACCUACGGUGACAAGGCCGCCACUCUUGACCGAUUCCGAGAGAACUAUGCAAAACUUUCAGACAGUAUCAAGCGACGUUUGGUGCUGGAGAAUGACGACGUUGCUUGGAGUGUCCAUGACUUGUUGCCUAUUUGCGAAGAGCUCAACAUUCCCCUCGUACUCGACUUUCACCACCACAACAUCAUCUUUGACUCUUCCAUUAGAGAAGGCUCCAAAGACAUCAUAGAUUUGUAUGAUCGCAUCCGCGCCACCUGGACCAAGAAAGGAAUUACUCAGAAAAUGCAUUACAGUGAGCAAACGUCUCCUGCUGUCACUCCACGAGAUCGUCGCAAGCAUUCCGCUCGAGUCAAAACUCUUCCCCCUUGCGCACCCGACAUGGACCUCAUGAUUGAAGCCAAGGAUAAGGAACAAGCUGUUUUUGAAUUGAUGCGCACUUUCAAGUUACCUGGAUGGGACACCUUCAAUGACAUUGUACCUCACGAACGUCCAGAUGAGUCACGAAAGGCGAUCAAGAAGAAACCCAAAAAAGGAAAGAAAAAGACAGAACAAGUCAACGGUGACGCCGAGGAUGAUAUUGAGGUGCCAGAAAGAAUUGUAAGCGCAGAGGAUUUUGGUAUGGGAGGUCCCCAAGAUAGGGUUUAUUGGCCAGAGGGUAUGGAAGAAUGGUUACGACCCAAGAAGAGAGAGAUAAAGAAAGCAAAGGAAGGAAAAGAUGGAAGUCCCAAGAUGAAAGAGGACGGCGAUGAGCAUUAA